GGUAUCCGACACCAUAGAUGCAUCGCGAGCCCCCUGAUACUGGUACACACAAGGGAGGUGAAUGUGGGGCUGUCAGGCGCCCUGCCCCUCGUUCUAGUUCUGGAUCCACAUAGGUGCAGAGAGCACUGAUGGAAACACAGCUCGGUGCUGUGCUCGCUUUAUUGUUCACGCUGCAAAACUGGAUCUAACAGGAAAGUGAGGCUUUGCACUGGGGAGGGGAGAGAACAUAGAGCCCUCUGAACAUUGAAAGAGAGAGGACAUCACACCCCUCUGUCUCCCAGUCCCCCAUCAAUCACCCUCAUGUCCCCUCUUCCCAGUGUCCCACCCCUCAUCUCCUGACCCCAAACCCAUCUCCUACCCACCCCCCCAUUUGUCCCUUUCCCAAUAACCUCCCUCCUCUCACUGCCCCCCAAACCCUACUCCCACAAUUCCCAUCAGCUCUUCCACCCUCAUCAUCCUCCUCUCCCAGCAGGUAAGUGUAUUUCAAAAAUUGUUUCAUUACCAUCUAAAUAUCCUGUGGUGCGCCCGGUGACAUUUCCCUACAGUUAGAAACCCUCAGACAGAGCCAGGUGCCUCCUUAUUCUUAGGUUCAGAUUUCGGCUCAGGGUUUGAUCUGAACUCAAAGUGCACAGAUGGCAUGCGGGUUUGUCAGCCACUACUGGACAUUCCCCCUUCAAGGACUCAGCCUGUGAGCCAGAGGUAGCUUUGAACCUGUUCAUCCUCUCUCCAUGCAUGUGCUCAGCGUAUUCCAUUCGGUGCGUCUCUAAGCCCUUCGAAGGCUGAUGGGCCUAACUGAAAGCUAAACUCUUUGGCUAAUAACACUGUCACAUUAUUUCCUCCAAAGAGCUGGUGAGUGGCCCUUGAGCACUGGAAACACUCCCUGCUGUGUGGAUCUGAGCCCUGGUUUGAUCUCUGUCUGUGCACAAUAAAUCAGCACCAAAACACACCAACGUUAAGAAAAGUUAGAAGUGACUCCUUUGGAGUCGAUAGGGCUGAUUCCCUCUCACUCACCCUGGUGUAAAUCAGGAGUAACUCAUUUGUACUGAAUGAGGCUGAUUUCCCCCUCACUCACCCCAGGGUGUUACAAUGGAGUAUGUCUGGUCUAAGGAAGAGGAGAUUCAGGUCCUUUGACUCCAGUCCCUGCUGAGGUGUGACCCUUCUGUGUGGUCCUGGGCCCUUCAACCCCAGAAUCCCCUGGGGCAUGGCCCUUCUCUAUGAGGUGCUCUGCCCUUCAGCCCCCCACUAAUUGCAGCAUCUCCUACCUCAUUUGACUAUUCCUCUGCCCCCACUCUGUAAACUCCCCAUCUGGUGAAUCUCAAGGAGCACCCACUGAUAUCAGAGUGCCUGCUGUACCGCAUCAAGGACAGCAUGACUAGAUACCAGGAACGGGACAUGCUGGGGUACGAUGGGUGGGAGUGUCCAGUGCCCUGGGUCUGACUGGGGCCAGCAACAGAUGCUGCACUAUCCACAGCCUGGAACAAUAGUGGUGGGAUGGGGUGAUCGGCCCCCAGUGCAGCAGCUGCCACAUUGUCUGCCUGAGUCUGAAGAGGGUCUGAGACAAUGGCUCUGGGAGAAGGGAACUGCCCCAGGCAUCUCCAUGGCAUUUGAAUUCCCAGCACCAGUGCUCUGGAGCACUCCAACAACCCCACCAAUGCAGGGGGCUCUCUGUGCAGGGGAGAGAAAGAGUGCAGCAGUCCUGACCGCCUCACCCGAGCAGACACAUCCUGGCUGGGGAGGUAAGGAUUGUGGGGACCAUGACUGCCCUCUGCCUGUCUGUGGGCACCUAGCUGAUCCCAAGGGGUUGGGGGAAAGUCACCUGCUCCUCUUCUGGGACAGAGCAGGGUCCCAUGCCAUUGUCCCAGCCUUUCUUUGAAGCCCUCUCCACCUCCAUGCAUGGCCCUGGAGUGUCUGAAUCCAGCCCUGGGAGUCAGCAGAGCUUUAUGGGAGUAAAUGUGCGUCUUUCCACAGGCUCCUGGGAACAGCCCAGCUCAGAGCUGUGACUCUUGGAGGGACCACCACCAGCUGCUGAAAAUAGAGGGACAAGGACCACCCCCAGUGGACAAUUCUGCACUGAUCUCCAUUUCAGGGAGGUUCCCUCCAUCACACAGUAUACUGAGGAAGAAAAUGUCCAACCAAACCACCAUUACCGAAUUCCUUCUCCUGGGAUUCUCUGAUAUUCCAGAACUGCAGAUUUUACACUUUGUGGUGUUUCUAGUGCUUUACCUGGCAUCCCUACUGGGGAACCUUCUCAUCAUCACAGCCAUAGCCCUCAACCACCAACUUCACACCCCCAUGUACUUCUUCCUGAUGAAUCUGUCCAUCCUAGACCUCGGCACCAUCUCUGUCACCAUCCCCAAAUCCAUGGCCAACUCCCUCAUGAACACACGAUUGAUUUCUUAUUCUGGAUGUGUUGCCCAAGUCUUUCUUGUCUUCUUCUUCGCUUCAGCAGAUUUUGCCAUACUGACCAUCAUGGCGUACGACCGAUAUGUCGCCAUCUGCCAACCACUGCACUAUGAGACAGUGAUGAACAGAAGAGCUUGUGUCCAAAUGGCAGCCAGUGCCUGGAUCAGUGUUAUUCUCUAUUCUGCAGUGCACACUGGAAACACGUUUGCAAUAUCCUUCUGUGGAGGCAACAUGGUGGAUCAGUUCUUCUGUGAAGUCCCCCAGCUCCUCAAGCUUGCUUGCUCUAACUCAGACCUCAGUGAAGUCGGGUUUCUCAUCUUUAGUGUGUGCUUAGCCUCAAGCUGCUUUCUUUUCAUAAUUGUGUCAUAUGUUCAGAUCUUCACCACAGUGCUGAGAAUCCCCUCUGAGCAGGGCCGGCAUAAAGCCUUCUCCACCUGCAUCCCUCACCUCAUUGUGGUCUCCUUAUUUAUUUGCACUGGGACCUUUGCUUACUUGAAACCCAUCUCCAGCUCAACCUCAGGUCUGGAUCUCAUGGUGGCUGUUCUCUAUUCUGUGUUGCCACCAAUGACGAAUCCAAUCAUCUACAGCAUGAGAAACAAGGAGCUCAAAGGUGCACUGAGUAAAUUGAUAGGUUGGAGGUUAUUCUCUAAGAAUAAAAUGUCCAUAUUUCUCCGUCAGUAACAAUUUCAUUAUGUGUUUCUUUGUAUAAUCAGCUAAUGACAUUAUUGCCUCCCGGAGAAAAUACUAUUCAAUCUGUUUAUGCAGAAUUGGUUAUUUACACUAGGAAAAAUCCAGACAAACAUGACUCAAGAAAAAAAGAGUUAUUAUAGGUUUACACCAAUGUAAAUAAGAUUGGAAUCUAUCUUCAUAUACUGGUAUCCACCACCAUACUAUCUGAGCACCUUGCCCAUAAAAUCAGUAGCCAUAGCAAAGUCCCUAGUGAGGUCUCUGGCUCUUCUUAUUUUUGGGGGAUAAUCUCUGAUUGAGGUAUCAAUGCAAUUGUUCUUUGUGUUUUUUGUUUACUUGUUUGUCAGAUUUUUAUUUAUUUAUUUUGCUUAACUUGUUGGCUGGUUUGGUUUGUUUCUUUGGAUGUGGGAAAGCCUGGGGAGGUGGUGAGUGUUUGGUUAGACAGGAUUUUUGAUGUUUGCCCUCUCUUGGAAAUGCCAUUAUGUCAUCUCUCUGAUGGGGUUUUCUGAGCGAGCUGAAGGUUUCCUCCCCACAGUGACAACCUCAUUAAUCAUAAUGAUCAAUUUCUAUUUGAUUGUGAAUUAUGUUAGCUAGCUAGCUAGAUAAUGAAUAAUUUAUGGAGAUUAUUGAGCAAAUUAUUGUGCUUCUUUUCCUGUUAAUGAUUGUCUUUGUCCAGAUCAUGAUUUUCUUAUAAA